GUUUCCCGCCCAGCGCUCCGGUCCCGCCGCUCUCUCCGCUCCCGGCUCCUUUCUCGCCGCUGUUUCUGUCUCAGGCCGCGGCCCCCACCCACYGCCCGCCGCCAUGGCGAUGCAAGCAGCCAAACGAGCCAACAUCCGGCUCCCUCCGGAGGUCAACCGGAUCCUGUACAUCAGGAAUCUGCCGUACAAAAUCACGGCCGAGGAGAUGUACGACAUUUUCGGGAAGUACGGGCCGAUCCGGCAGAUCAGAGUUGGAAAUACCCCCGAGACAAGAGGCACAGCCUACGUGGUCUAUGAGGACAUCUUUGAUGCCAAGAAYGCCUGUGACCACCUGUCAGGGUUCAACGUGUGCAACAGAUACCUCGUGGUUCUGUACUACAACGCAAACAGGGCAUUCCAAAAGAUGGACACAAAGAAGAAAGAAGAACAGCUUAAGCUUCUCAAGGAAAAAUAUGGAAUUAACACAGACCCACCAAAAUAAACUGAUCUUUUUUUGAAAACUUUUCAAGCCCUGCCAUCAAGUUCUUGGCCUAAACACAGGAAUUCUUAACAAAGUGUAAUUUUUUCUCUUAUAAAUUUGAUAAGCUGCAGUAUGAGUCUUUAUAUCUUCAGAUUAGAAUUAAAUAAAUAUAGAACACAGGGARAUCUGCUUUAAGAUUAAAUCCUCCAAGGCAACAUGGCUUCUCUGUGCUAAGUGUGACUGGUAAGGACUGCAUUGAGCUGUGCCCAGGAGGAGCUUUCAGAAAGGGACYGUGCAGAUUGUGUGUUUGACUGAACAAAGCAAGCCCAAGCCYAUGUUUAUAACAAAGUUUCUUUCACAAACUGUGGAAGAUGAACAGCCUUUUGAAAGGAUCCAGCUGUGGUGACUGCAGUGCAAGUACCUUGUUCCCAGUGAUGGUGCCAUCAGCUGCAGGGAAACAACCCUGCUCUCAGUGCGCUGCCACAGGGCUGAGCUAAAGGUGUUUGGGGUCUUCUGUUUGUCCCAGGUUUGGACUUUGGACUUUGAAUUGGAGAACACCUGACCAAAAUGAGACAGUAGAUAAGGGUUUUCAUUUUGAUACCUGUAGUGUGAUUGUUUUCCACUUGCUGUGGUUGAACUGUAACACAUUUUUUGUACAUACAUUUUYGGGUGUAGCAUUUGGUGGAGGAAAAACAAAUUUUUGGCUUUUUUUUCAGUACUCAUGUCCUGUGUAUAAAAAACAGUAUGAUACAGAGUGUGCAUAACCAGUAUCUUUUGGAAGUGGGAAGGAAUAACCUCUACCUGUGUUCUGAACCAGCUGGAAGUUGUGUGAACAUGGGUAGUAUACUACCUUGGGAGGAUUUAUUUGCAUGGAUGUGAUGUUCCACUCGCUGAUCAUGCAACUUCUAGCCAGUGCAGAACCUGGGCAGAUAAAACAUACUUUGCCUGGGAUUUGUAGUUUAAUUUUGUCUGUCAGUGUGGGGUAUUGUCAUAAAGGAAUGUUCCCAUUUUCUGAAAUUAGAUUUUUGUUGGAAUCUGUCUCUUGAGGAACAAUGCUGUGUCCAUUUGGUAAAAAAAAUAAAUGUCUACAUGCUUUGCUUUUUUUUCAUCAAGA